AUGGCGUAUUCGGAACCAAGAGAUAUUUUCAGAUAUAUCCCUAAUAAAAUAGGGUAUCUACGAGUUGUUACAGCUUUAAUAUCAUUUAUUACAAUGACCAAUUACCCAUUGAUCACUGUAUUUUUCUAUGGUAUGUCGUGUCUGUUAGACGCAGUAGAUGGGUUUUUAGCUAGAAAAUAUAAUCAGUGUAGUAAAUUUGGGGCUGUCUUGGAUAUGGUCGCUGAUAGAUCUACAACAUCUGCUCUGAUAUGUUGGUUGUCUUCAGUAUAUCCACGACAAAUUAUAAUCUUCCAAGUGUUAUUAGCAUUAGAUUUAUCCAGUCAUUACAUGCAUAUGAAUGCGAGUUUACAAUCAGGUAGAGAGUCUCAUAAAUCUGUUGAUGAAAAUUCAUCGAAAAUUUUGUAUUUUUAUUACAGUAGGAGAGAUGUACUAUUUUGCGUAUGUGCAUUCAAUGAAUUGUUCUACCUUGGAUUAUAUUUGAUGCACUUUCACAAGCUUUUAACAACUAUUGGUAAAUAUAUAGUGAUACUUUGUUUUCCAGGUUUUGCAUUUAAACAAUAUGCAAAUAUGAUCCAAUUGAUAAGGGCAAGUUAUAUUUUAGCACAAAUUGAUUCAGAUGACGUAAACCAAACCGUUGCCGAUGUUUAA